AUGUCUCCGUCGGGCUCUCAAAAUAAUCCUUCUGCUAGGGAUGAACACCCUACACCUUAUUCUCCGAGAAUCUCUCAUCACGGUCACCAUGCCUCUCGAAGACGAUCUAACUCUGUGGCUACCAAUCGUAGCGAGGCCAUAGAUACUGAUUGGGACGAAGAGGACGAGUACUUGGCCGAGCCUGCUAGUGAAGAAAUCUUUUCCGGUCCCGUUUCUGAAUCUGUUCCGUCAGCCUAUUCAUCUUUUCAUCAUCGUCGCUAUUCUUCUCGCCAACCCUCAAUCAGUAGACGUGACUCAUCAGUUGACAGACAUGCGCCGCCUACAUUUCCAGAUAACGCAGAAGGAGAGAUUGCGUCUUCUGUAGGUUCUCGCCACAGCUUCAGCUUUUUUCGCCCUGGGAGUGCGACUACUCAACCAGCAAGCUACCAUCAACCCGAAUCUGCUGCCAAUGAGACUGAUGAGUCUUUAGCUAAUCGUCGCGACUCUAUGGCUUCUUUGGGUUCAGAAAUUGCAUUUAGACAUCGCUCUGAACCCAAUGCUGCCUCCUUUAGAUUCUUUUCUCAAGACGAAAUUGAGCAUGCAGAGAGUGCUAGUACUGUUCCUAAUGAAGUUGAUCCAGUUGAAUACGAAAUUUUGCGCCGUGAAAAUGAAGAAUACAACCCGGAAGAAGAUGUCUCUGAUUAUAUUGCUCGCACACCUCAUCAGCACCCCUCUCGAUAUGCUUAUGAAGACACUAGCGUUCUCCUGAGACAUGAGGCUGAAAUUGAACUUGCUCGUGAUGAGUUGGAAUUUGCUGAAGAACAGGAUCAUGAAGAAGAAGUUAUUGAAGAAGAAGAGGCUGCUGCUGCAAGAUCAACCCAUGGUCGGCGACGCUCAAGUGAUGACCACCUUCAUCGUUGGACUACUCAUGAUUCUAAUGAGCCUUUACUUCUCAGUCGUAUAAACUCUCAGAUUUCUCCCCAGCCCACUUCCAAAAAGUACUCCUCUAGUUCUACCUCUCAGCAGCGUUUUUACAUUUCUGAAGAAGAUAUGGUUAUUGUUAUUGCUGGCUUUAAUAGCAGCAGAAUGCGCGCGGCAUUAUAUUAUGCAUUAUGCAUAUGCACUCUUGGAAUGGCCUACCUUAUUCUGCGCUGGAUUCCUCGCUGGCAUAUUGCCUGCCUGGGCAAGCCCGCACCUCUUGGUCAAUGCAACUGGGUCGUUGUAGAAAAUCAGUGGGGAGAGUUGAGCGUCAUUAAUGUCGACUCAUUUUACUUUAACCGUCCUACGUCUCAUGUGUUUCGCCUUAAAAAUCCUGAAAAAGAGUCUGGUAGAGGUGCUGAAGUGUCCAAUGGCUCAUCUACAGCCGGUACAGAAAAUAGAGGGGAUUCUCAAGGCUCUGAUGCACCUACCAACAAAAAUUAUGAAACUGAUGAAGAAGAUGGGUAUCAAGAAGAUCCAAUCAUGCACACGUUACGUGUUAUUGAAUAUCGCUACAUUAAGUUUUACUACAACCCUCAGGAAGACAUUUUUCUUACAAAUUAUGACUGGGUUGAUCCCACUUGGACUAGCACUGAACGUGUUCGGGAAGGAAUUGAGCCUGAAAUACAAGCUGAACGCAAGCUCAUUUUUGGGCCUAAUAUGAUUGAUAUUAAGGAAAAAACUACUGUUCAACUUCUUGUUGACGAAAUUUUACACCCAUUCUAUGUUUUUCAAGUGUUUUCCAUGCUUCUUUGGGCGUGUGAUGAAUACUAUUAUUAUGCAACGUGCAUUCUUUUCAUCUCUGUUAUUUCUGUUGGAAACACAUUGAUUGAAACAAAGCAAACUAUGCGUCGUCUUCGUGAAAUUUCUAGAUAUGUUUCUGAUAUUCGUGUUUUACGAUCUGGAUAUUGGAUUACGAUUCUUUCUUCGGAACUUAUGCCAGGAGAUAUUUAUGAAGUUUCAGAUCCUUCAAUUUCCAUUUUCCCAUGCGAUUCUGUUUUGUUGUCUGGUGACUGUGUUGUCAAUGAAAGCAUGCUCACCGGUGAGUCAGUGCCUGUUUCUAAGUACCCAAUCACCGAAAGUGCCCUCAAAUCUUUUGUUAAUGGCCCUAGUCAGGGUUCUAGCGUUCCUGCUGAUGUAACUAAGCAUUUCUUGUUUUCUGGAACAAAGGUUGUGCAAGUUCGUCGUCCCGUUGCCCAAACUGGUGAUUCAAGCAAUGGAAAUGUUUCUUUUGACCAACUUGAUGUUGCUGUUGCUAUGGUUGUGCGUACUGGAUUCAUGACAACAAAGGGUUCCCUGGUCCGUUCAAUGCUAUUUCCUAAGCCCAGUGGUUUCAAAUUUUACCAAGACUCGUUCAAGUACAUUGGUGUCAUGGCUUUUGUCGCUGCCUUGGGCUUUUCUUACUCUAUUGUCGACUUCAUUAAAAUGCACAUGGGUACCAAGCUUAUUAUUUUCCGAGCUUUGGAUUUAAUUACCAUUGUUGUUCCUCCUGCACUUCCUGCCACUCUCACAAUUGGUACUAACAUCUCACUUUCCCGGUUGCGCAAAAAGAAGAUUUUCUGCAUCAGCCCUAGUCGCGUUAAUGUUGGUGGUAAAUUAGAUAUUGUUUGCUUUGACAAGACCGGUACACUUACAGAGGAUGGUUUGGAUGUAUUGGGUAUGCACGUUCAGGAAAAUGGUCGGUUUAGCGAUUUGUUGCAGAGCAUUGAUGAUGUUUUCCCUUUUAGUGAUUUGGAUUUUGGCGAGCCUGAUAUUGGAAAGACUUAUGGCGGUAUUAUUAAAAAUAGCAAACUUCCAAAACAACAACGUUCAUCUUUUGUUGCGGCACUGACGACUUGCCAUUUGUUGAGAAAUAUUGAUGGUGAAAUGCUUGGAGAUCCUCUUGAUUUUAAAAUGUUUUCCUUUACUGGAUGGAACUUUGAGGAAGAAGGUGGUGCUAGGCUUUUUGCAGCUGAUUACACCCACGAGUAUCCGGUUCCAAUUUCUCGUCCUCCAACUACAAACGAAGCCAAAUUUUCACUGCCAAGUAAUACUUUGGGAACCAUUUUGUCUUUUGACUUUAUUCCACGACUUCGUCGCAUGAGUGUCUUGGUCAAGAGUUUGGGUGCCUCUGGUGCCAAUGAUAGCACUGAUAUUCAUGCAUAUGUUAAAGGUGCUCCUGAAAUUAUGCCAGAAGUUUGUGAUCCUUCAACUUUCCCUGAAGAUUACGAAGAUCUCCUUUACCAAUACACACACCGCGGAUAUCGUGUCAUUGCUUGUGCUACAAAAACAUAUACCGAUUUAAGUACAGCAGACGCUCGAAAGCUGAAGCGAGAGGAUGUCGAAUCUGGCCUCAAAUUUCUUGGUUUUAUUGUUUUUGAAAAUCGUCUUAAACCUACAACGACAAGUGUAAUUGAGCAGCUUAAUGAAGCUCAUAUCCGUACAGUUAUGUGUACUGGUGAUAAUGUUUUAACAGCCAUUAGUGUUGCCAAAGAAUGCCACAUGGUUGGUGAAAACACCAAGAUCUUCGUUCCUAGAUUUGAGCAACUUCCAGAUGGUGUUUCUCCUGAUGAGUUUAAUCCUAUUUCAUGGGAGUACAUUGAUGAUCGUCAAUUGCGGCUUGAUCCUGUCACAUUCCAGCCCUUUUUUGUUCCUGAAAAUGGUGAGACAAUUGCUCAAAGCGAGAACCAUUUGCAACAAGUGCGCCACUAUCAGGAGUUUGGUUUUGAUUAUGCGUUAGCUGUCACUGGUGAUGCUUUCAGAUAUAUGGUACAAUUUGGCCGUGAUAGACAGCUUGAGCUUGUACUGAUGAAGGGUGCUAUUUUUGCGCGCAUGUCUCCUGACGAGAAGCAUGAGUUGGUUGAAAAGUUGCAGAGCUUGGAUUAUACUACAGGCUUUUGUGGUGAUGGUGCUAACGAUGUUGGUGCUUUGAAGGCUGCCGAUGUUGGUAUUUCUCUUUCUGAAGCUGAGGCUUCUGUUGCUGCACCUUUUACCUCACAGGUCUUUCAGAUUUCUUGUGUUUUGGAUGUGAUUGCUGAGGGCCGCUCUGCACUUGUAACAAGUUUCAGUUGCUUUAAGUACAUGUCACUUUACUCUGCCAUUCAGUUUAUAACAGUCUCAAUUCUCUACUCUUUGGGGUCCAAUCUUGGUGAUUUCCAGUUUUUGUGGAUCGACUUGUUUCUCAUUCUGCCCAUUGCCAUUGUCAUGGCUUGGUCUGAGCCAUACCCCACCUUGUCAAUCAAGAGACCUACUGCCAACCUGGUUUCGCCCAAGAUUCUUGUCCCCCUGCUUGGUCAGAUUGUUAUUUUGGCGCUUUUCCAGCUCGGCAUUUGGCACGCAGUGCGCAAAGAACCGUACUACGUUCCUCCAGUCAUGGGUGGAAGUGAUGAGGAUGUGGACUCGACAGACAAUACAGCCUUAUUUUUCUUUUCGAGUUACCAGUACAUCUUCGUGUCAAUUUUGCUUACAGUUGGUCCCCCAUAUCAUGAGCCCAUCAUUAAGAAUAAGCCAUUUGUUAUCACCAUCAUUCUCACAUGCUUGCUUACUGGAUCCUUUAUGCUGGUAUCUGCCGACACUGGGUUGGGUCAGUUUAUGAAUUUAACAGAUCUCAGCUCCACGUUUAAGUUGAUCAUUAUUGCUACAGUCUUGGUCAAUUUCUUCGUGAGUAAGUUCUUUGAAGACCAUGUGUUUUUGCCAUUGGCUGUGUUUUUAAGAAAACUUUGUAUCAUGUUAAAGCUACCUGCAAAGACUGUGUCAAACAAGCUCUACAAGCGCAUCAUCAAAGCCAUGGAUCAUCAAAAGCAAGUGUAA